CAACAUAAAAAGUCCAUUGUUACCGCGAACUUUUUAAUCCGGGGAUUUAAACCCGCUCACAUGCUCAGGCUGGGCGACAGGAUGUCCUUCUGCAACAAGCAACCUGAACUCUAGCGGAGGAAAGCACUUUUCCUCCGCAGGACAGCGUUGCGUAUUUUUAUUCUGCGCACUCUGCAAUGGGAACGCUGUAGGAUCUUCGGGAGGUUGCGUUCAAAGACUGGGAGAAGAAACUUUCCCCACUAAACCCUUUCUUCUGAAGCAGCCCGCCUGGAUAGCUAUCGGGCUGAAACAUGACGCUCAAGUACAGCCAGAGAUCUUUGAUUGUCCUGUCUUUGAUGGGGAUCUUAUCGGCCAGCAUGGCAGUUUUAUCGGUGAUUUUAAUGUUCCAGCUGCAGAAUCAGCACGCGGCGAUGAGGGAGUCUCCCGCCUCCCUCGCCGCCUCCUCGGUCAUCCCCGCUCACGUCUGGCCCGUCCUGCUGCCGGUGUCUACGGUGCUCUCGGCUCUGUCCCUCACCCUCAACCUGGGCUCCGUAGUCGUGUGUCUCCUCCACAGCUACUUUUCCACCGAGGUCUGCAGAGGAGGACUGGACACAGAGAGAGCAGACUGGUUUCUUCUGGACAGCAGAGCCGUACGACACGUGGCGAUUGGAUUAUUCUGCCUGGGGGUCACAGUUUACUUGGCAGCGAUGUCCAUCUACAUGCUCCUGAUAUUUGAGAUGGAGACGGGUAUUGCCUGUGCCUGUGUACUCUCCUCUGGGAUCCUGAUCCUGCUGGUGGCCGUGAUUCAUUCCCUGGUCAAAGCUUCCCGUACUGCUAGGCAUUACAAGAGCGACCACAUUGACACCCUGUUUGAAAACGACCACAGGAGCAACAGCACGGCCGUCUCUCGACCCUGCGAGCUAAGAGUCGGUGUGGACAAACCCCGGAUUCACCGCAGCCAGUCUCACGUCCAGCCUCCGAUCUCCUACGCCCCAUGUGGGAAUCUGAGGCAACGAGAACCGUACCCACAGCAGUACUCCACGGGUGAAGGUUCCCUGGGACCCUCGGCUGAUAAAGACGGGUACAGCAGUGGUUGGAGCUGCCCCCGUAUGCACAGGACUCUUUCCACUGAGUCUGGCUUACUACAGGCCCAGGUUAAGCCCUGGAAUGGCGUGAACAAUGAAAUGAGAAGUGUUCUUGCACGAAAAGCAGGGAUUUCUGCUAAAGACUCUACCCUUGUGUAACAAAACAAGCAGAGAUUCCUUUAAAAGAAAGAAUUUUUAGUGGACUGGACUGAUGAUGGGUGCAGACGUAGACCUCUUACCCCGGGUUUCCACAGGAGCCGUCAGCAGCACGUCUUGCUCGCGUAAACUGCUGCUUGGCCCUUCCCACGAGACGCGAAGCAGCAGGGGAGCAGCUGUCACCGACCGAGCACGAAGUCACACGAGUGACUUCGUCAUUAAACACAACAACAAGCAGGAGAAAACCACAACAUGGUUUGUGUUUUAUGUUCUGUCCGUUUUAUAAUCGCCAAUACGGACCUGAAAAACAAAGGAGACCGCUAGCUAGGUGAUAACUUCUCACGGGGCCGCACAGUUAGUAACCUUUUUUUAAAGUAAAGCGACCGGAAGGCAGUACGUUCUUUAUUCUGAAAAUCUCGGGAGCUUCUCUCCAUUUCCGCGAACGAUUUCCUGUCUUUCCUUCCCCAAAAAUGUCGAACUUGAUCCGUUUUAGAGGCGUCGCGCGUAGAAAAUAGAACCGGCGCGUAAAGGCCGCGACAUGCUGCUCCUGAGACGCGGCCGACUCGCGCUGCCGACGGCUCCAGUGGAAAAGGUUCUGUUGACCACAGCGGUUCCUAUCAGCAGCUAUGACGUGCUGCUGCAGUAACGUGCUGCUGACGGCUCCUGUGGAAAGCCGGGGUUAGAUUGCACAAGUGGAUCCAGACACACUACAACCUACAGAGAACCGAAUUAAAUAAAAUACUCACGUUUUUACAAAUUCUGUGUAAGCAGGAAAACACAAUGCCUCAUUAGUAUUCACAUCAUAAAUAUGAUUAAAAUAAACAUGACACUCAAGUAUCAAGCUCAUCUUUAAAUGUAAUUAGUAACUGUUUACUCAUCUGUAUGAAGUAACUCGUGCCAAAUAUUUGCAAUAUUUGUUCUGGGUUUUGCAAAAUGCUGAGCGGACAAAUCCAGGAUUAGCAGAUUCUAAAUCAUCUCUAAGAACUAAAAUAAAAACAUAAAAAUGUCAUUUUCCUUUUAAUUUCUGGUCAGUUAGUAGUUGGACCCUGUGACCAUUAUACAUCUACAGUAAAGAUCAUUUAUCUUUUAUCUCAAAUGUAAGCAGAUUUCAGGACUUUUUCAUAACUCUAUAAAAGAAAUUAAAGCAAGCAGCAACAGAUUUGCAGCAUUUCAGUUUUAUAAACCAGGUUAUAACUUUUCUGAUCUUUAUGUGCUCAUGGCAAAAAUAAAAGUGCAUUAAAUAAAUAUGUCAUCGGCUGAAAUGACUGCUAGACGCUUCAUGGGAAACAAAAAGAACCGGAGGAGAAAAUUCAGUGUUGUUGCACCUUGUUUGCUUCGUUUAACUUAAUCUUUAAACAUUUUACUGAUAUUACAAACACAGACAUGUGUUUUACCAGUAUGGGUCACUAAUUGAAAAUAAACUCCAGUAAAUGAUUCCAGUCAGUUAAUCAGUGCAUUCCUAAUAUUUCCUGUCCUCAAUUUUAUUUCAUGAAAACCUUCAACAACUUCUAGGAAACAUAACUGAUGAAAAAGAAAUCUUCAAAGGUUUAAAAUGAGAUAUGAAAAAGCUGUUGGGUUUAGAAGGAAGUGAAACAAGUUUUUUUUAACUAACUUCUUAUUUAUUUAAACUUCGUCUCCAGAGGAACUACCAACCU